CAAGUCCUUCGCUGCGCAUUUACAUGAACCUUUGCACUUUGUUUGCUUCUCUAAACGUUGUGAUGGCAGGUCUAAACAGGAUGCAGGUCAGCUGAAAUGGUUUACACAGGAGAUCCCGAUGCAUUUAUUGCGUUGAGACAAAGCUGCGCUGCUACACUUCAAACAUCUACAUGUAGCAGGAGUUGCAAUGAGUUGCUGCACAGCUUGUCUUUACAGUUGAGCUAUACAUCUCCCCUCAGGCUCUCCAGCCCAUCUUUACCAGCUUUGGAAACACAGAUGAAAAUGCAAGCUGACCAAAUAGACUUCCUCCUUUGUAGUUACAAGUUUUUAGCAGCUACACAUCACCUCUAGAUAUGGCUUCAGUGUUUUGAGCUUCAGUUGCUUAAAUAAUGUGCACUGUUUCUGAUUUGCCAGCAUGUCAUUGUCUGCUCACCAUCACCCUCGCGUCUGAAAGAGUGGCGUACCCUAUGCUAUUUGGUUGUGUCAGCAACACUGACUUUGGUGAGCCAUCUCCUGGCGAGUGGAUGUGGGACAUUUCUCUGGUACCUAUCCAAGCCUAUGUCUGCCCCGCCAUUCCAUUCCUCACUGUUACUAUCUGUCAUCCCCUCAGUUUCUCCUUCCUCCUCUCCCAUGACCUCAAGGAGUCCUCAGGAGGUAAAGUUUUCCAAAAUGGGAAGAUUGUUUUUUUUUUUUUUCCCUUCCUCCCCAUCUGUCUCUUUGGUCUCGUUUUCCCUCUCACAAAUUAGCAUAGAAAAAGAAGAAAAAACACCCCAAACCUCAAUGCUGAGUGACUCAUUCAAAUAAUUGUUGCUUUAACUGUAUCAAGUUACUCUUUUCUCUGACUCCCUUUUUGCUUUUCUUCCUUUCCCCAGUACAGUGCGGUAUCUGGGCCACUUGUGAAUUGGGGCCUUUCAGUGAAAAGGCAGGAAAAAAACGAGUUACAUCAGAGAGAGAGAAAGAGAGGGAUCUAAAGUCGCCCUGUAAUUUUCUGUUCUGUUUCUGUGAUUGCAUAUAUGACCAUAACAGACAACCGGUUAGCUGGUUCACUUUGUACGUGUACAUGUAUAUUACAUUAGUAAAGAUCCCCCAUGUGUCUGUGUUUUAUUUUAGCAUGUUUGCGCUGCUUGUGUGUCUAGGUGGAGCUUGACAUUGUUGACUUUUACAGCAAAACAGUUUUACAGGAGGGCUGUUCAUAACCGAAUAACAGAGAAAACAAAGAGACCCUCGCGUGUGUGUGAGUGUGUGUCUGUGUGUGUGCAAUGAAAAGACAGUAAGAACAAAGAGACAAGAGAUGGCGAAAGAAAAGGGGAGUGUACGGAGAAAGAGGAAGGCCAGAAAAAAACUCCACUUUUGAGAAGGAGAAGAAAUUUGAGACAUGUUGAAACAUUUUUGGAUAGAGGAGAGGAAAAGGGCAAGACAUGCGGAGUGAAGGAUGAGAUCCCUCCCCCUGCCAAACUCGAGUUAUACUCUUGACUAUUCUAUAGCUAACCCUUCCUCUUUUCCCCUCCUCUCCACGUCCCAUGUGAGCAGCAGCCCGAUGACUGGACCUCUGUGUGUCUCCACUCUGCUUACGCUUUGCUGCGCUCUGGCAGACAUGCAUUGUUCUCCACUGUACACUACUUGUUGCUCCCAUUUUUAAAGAGUUAGUUGGUGUUAGCUCGGCAGAAAGAGUGGGAGGAAAAUACUCAGCGACAGCCUCGCGGAUGGUUCUCUGGGCAACAUAGAUGACCUUGCACAGGAAUACUCUGAGUACUACAAUACCUGCUUUAGUGACGUCAACGACCGCAUGGAGGAGCUACGCAAACGACGAGUCUCCCAGGAACUCGACAUGGAGAAACAAGACCCAAGCAGCACCUCUCUGCAGCUCCGUAAUGAGAUCCAGGAAUCUUUAGGCUUCAGCAGCGAGGUGUCCACUCCUGAAACGGACAGAAAAAUGUCUCUACACAAGUCCAGCUCUGAAGAUGGAUCUGGAGGUAAAUGGGACAGUAAGAAGAAGAACAAAUCUUUUUGGCAGAACUUCCGCAAAUCUCAGCACAAACCCGUUGUACGACAGACGUCCAAAGGAGAAGAUAUUGGCUACGUGGCCAGUGAGAUCACCAUGAGCGAUGAGGAGCGGAUCCAGCUGAUGAUGAUGGUGAAAGAGAAGAUGAUCACCGUAGAAGAAGCUCUGGCUCGGCUGAAGGAGUAUGAGCGCAGCAGACAGUCCAGCAGUACUGACACUGCAGAGUGGGCUGACGGAUCUGCACCCAAUCUAAACCAGUCCUCAAACUGCAACUCUCGUGAACAGUCAGAUGAUGAGCAAUCAGAGGACUCUGUGAAAUUCAAAAGGCUUCACAAAUUGGUUAACUCGACACGCCGGGUCAGGAAAAAACUCAUCAAGGUGGAGGAGGGCAAGAAACAUGCCUCCGAAGAUUUUAUGAAUCUGGAGACACCUCCCACCUGUGAAGACAACACCGCUCUGUACACUGGGGUUCUAAAGAAGCCCCCUUUACACCAGGAGGCGUCUCUGCCCUCACUCACCCAUGACCAGCUUUCUCUGGAUGGAGACACAGAUGGCCUGACGACCUCCCCUUCCUCCAGCAGUUUGGACACCUGGUCUGGACACAAGCUGGUGAAAACGUUCAAUAAGUCUUCUAGUACCCACGGUCUUAUCCGGCCCCCCAGGAGGACCCCAGCGGGCUCCAGUGCCCUGGGAGGCUCUAUUCCUGGUGUGACAGGUAGUGGCUCCUCCUUCUCAGAGCUCGAUGGCUGUGGAUUGGACGAUGAUGGAAAGCUGUCACGCUCCACAACUGAUGGCGAGAUGAGGAAGGCCCUGAACUCCAUCUCCCAUGGGGUAAGUAGCAACGAGGCCCUGUAUGCUUUCUAUGGCCUGACUAAACCUCGCCCCAAACCCCAUUCCCAGUCCCGCCUUCUGAUCUCCCUGGAUGACGGUCCGCAAGGCAGCCCCAAACAUCAACCUGCCAGCCGGCACCACGGCAGCUGGACGCACCGGAAACCUGAUCCCAACUAUGCAUACUCCACCAAGCACCUCCUGUACCAGCGCUCGCGCAAUGCUAAGUCCCCCGUUUCUCCCCUGUCAGUCACCCCAUCCUCCCCCGUCCGCUGUGAUGUAUCCAAAUCAAAGGUUUUUGGAAGUGGGGGAGGGGGCUGGGUGUUCCCCUCUCGCAGGCUGCGUGGGCGAACAGCAGUCAGUGAGCUCAACAUCACCUAUGUGGUAGAGCGGAGCCUGUACGGUCACCUCAACUGGGCACAGCUGGUCCGCCCGGUUACACUCAGCCGCGCUGAGCGGCGCUGUCUAUUGGAGGAGGACCGUGAGGCGGACAGGAAGUGGGCGGCCAGCGUGGACCGCUGCACCAAGCGUGUGCUCUUGCGCAUCCAGCAGAAGUCUAGAACAUGCAGCUUUGGAGGCUUUGACCUGUCCAACCGUUCCCUCCAUGUGGUCAACGCAGGCAAUGAGGCCAAUAGUAAAGAGCAGGAGGCAAUAUACAGAGAAGUGGUCAAAUCCCCCACUACGUCUCGGAUUUCACUGGGCAAGAAAGUCAAGUCAGUGAAAGAGACGAUGAGGAAGCGCAUGUCGAAGAAGUACAGCAGCUCUCCUUCUGAGCAGUCCAGUCCAGAUGCAGCCCCUGGUUCUCCACAAUCCCCUCUGCCUGACACAGACUCUCUCGAGAAACCGAAGCUUAAGGCCGGAGGUUCUGUGGAAAGCCUGCGCAGUUCACUCAGCGGACAGAGUUCAAUGAGUGGUCAGACGGUGAGCACCACCGACUCAUCAACCAGUAACAGAGAAAGCGUGAAGUCGGAGGAUGGCGAUGACGAGGAGCCUCCUUAUAGAGGACCAUUCUGUGGCCGUGCCAGAGUCCAUACAGACUUCACUCCUAGCCCCUACGAUACGGACUCCCUCAAACUGAAGCGUGGGGAUGUGAUUGACAUCAUCAGCAAGCCUCCAAUGGGAACGUGGAUGGGCCUGCUGAACAACAAAGUAGGCACCUUCAAGUUCAUCUAUGUGGAUGUGCUGACUGAAGAAGAGGAGAAGCCCAAAAGGCCAGUUCGGAGGAGGAGGAAGGGCCGGCCACCCAAACCCACUUCAGUGGAGGAGCUACUGGAUCGUAUCGAUCUCAAGGAUUACAUGCCCACUUUCUUGUUCAAUGGCUACGAGGACCUGGACACGUUCAAGUUGCUGGAAGAAGAGGACUUGGAUGAACUGAACAUCAGCGAUCCUCAGCACAGAGCUGUACUGCUCACUGCAGUGGAGCUGCUGCAGGAGUAUGACAGUAGCAGCGAUCCAGAGCGCAGUGGAAUGUCAGGUUCCCAGGAAAAGCUGCUGCUGGAGGGUCGGAGCAUAGUGGGAGACUCCCCACGGGAUUCUGGGUGCUACGAGAGCAAUGAGAACCUGGAGAAUGGUAAAGGCAGGAAAGCAACCAGUCAUUUUUCAGCAGGACACCAGUCUCCAGAUUACCCAACACUGCCCAUGACUCUUUCUACAGAGGCUCUUCAGCAAAACAGCAAAAAUCAGCGCACAAAGUUUCCAAAAAGUUUCUUCAUCAAGCCCUCCCUUAAGGGCUUCAACCUGCUCGGGCUGCGAAAAGCCCAAAGACGGUCUCCAAUCCCAGCCAGCCGCAGCUGCGAGGACCUUGAUGGUCCCCCGCAGCCCACCGGACCCUGGAAGCGCUCCCACUCUCUGGGAGAUCUGCAGAACUUUGAGCAGAAGAACGAUCUCAGUGUGGAGCUUAAGCUUAGUAAGGAAAUACCCAAAUCAGGCAAAACUAGCCCCAUCAAGCCCUGUAGAGACGCCGUUUCUCCAGCUCAAAAUGGGACUCCAACGGUUAGUCCUAAAGGAAGGGCUGAUAGGCCGCCAGUACCCUCACAGCUUCGCCUACGCUCUUCUUGUCCAACAUCAAUGUCUUCCAACCCUCCAGAGCCCCUUUCCAGCCCCACUCCAAGUCCUCCUGAUUCUAGUGCUAGUGGGGAGAGGGUGAUGCGGACUCACCCCAAAAAGCCUCCCAUCCCUCCCCCUGUACCUGCAAAGAAAUCUAGAGAGAGACUAGCCAAUGGCCUUCGUCACCCCCCUCUCUCCCUUCCCUCCUCGCCAUCCCCUACCGCCUCGCCUACCCACUCCUUCAAUCGCUCUCAACCCAGCAGCCCUAUAAUCCGCAGCCCUGGCCUGAGUGCCCCUGCUCUGCCUCCCAAGACCCCAAGUACUCCAGCCAGUCCAUGUGCCACCUCAUCAGCCUCAUCCAUGGGCGAGGAAUCCGGCACUCCACCAGCGGUGCAGCCUCCCUGGCUCUCGGAUCUUGGAGGCAAGAUGGCUGUUACGAGGAAACUUUCCCAUACCAAGAUAGGUCCUGAUCUUUUUACCCUCCUGGAGCAACGGCUGCAGAGUGAGGGCAUUGAUCUUACCGAGGAGCCCUACUCUGACAAGCACGGCCGAUGCGGCAUCCCCCACCCGCUGGUACAGCGUUACUCCGAGGAUCUGGAGCAGCCAGUCAAAGACGUGGCGUCUACCAUAGACCAGCUCAGAGUCAAAGAGCUCCGUAAACAACACCGCAUGGCUAUCCCCUCUGGAGGUUUGACGGAGAUGUGCCGAAAACCUCCCACCUUAGGAAACAUCAGCACAGUCUCCGAUUGGCUCAUCUCCAUCGGCCUACCCAUGUACUCCACAACUCUGGCAACAGCAGGGAUUGACACGCUGAGCCGCGUGGCCUUGUUAACCGAGAGCAGUGCGUGGGAAGCUGGGGUGCGGGACGAACGUCACGUCCGCCGCCUGAUCUGUGAGGCGCGAUCGGUCCACGCACACAGAGAGGUUCAGUCGUAAUCAUGCUGGUGGAGUCGAGUCGCAUCAACUCACUGAUCCGCACCAUCUCGUGGUCAGUAGGUGGCCUUGGGUAAAUUGGCCCUCACGGCACUACAGCGUUUCUUCUCGCACAUGUUAAAGACAUAUCCUGCUCUCUGAUAUUUUUUUUUUCCUCUCUCUUUUACCACGCUGUCUUUUUUCCAAAUGUUUACGACAUCGAGGAGUUCCUCCAAACAGCCAAGACAAGAUAUCAGAUGCCUUUAAAAGAAAAAAGACAAAAAAGACUGUAGACUCACUGUGUGGGAUGACUUCCAUUCUGAAGACGUCUCCCAAAGUCUUAAAAUAAAGACUUGGAUCUGCCUUUAAGGAAGAUAGCACACAGGGUUUUUUUUUUUUUUUUAAGGAUGGAUUUUUUUAAAAAAGAAAACCAAGAAAGACUAUUUUCUGCAUAUUUCAUAAGUGCUUCAUUUUUCAUCUGUCGUGUGGCAGAGGCAACUUAAUCUGAGGGUCAUUUAAGGAAGUAGCUCAGCCAAAGCGACAAAAUUCGAUGUUUGCUUCCCACUAAUAGUUUCACGAUGACGCAACACAUUUAAUAUCUGGACUGUUAAUCGACUAAAUACACACACCAAACAAUGGCUUCGAGGUGGCUUAUUUUGUGUCAUGCUUAUAUAUUGUAGCAUAGUGCACAUCUUAAUUUCAAAAUGACUCGUGUUAAAAUUUGUGUUUUGCAUUUUGAUCGUUGCGGGCUUACUUUGAGCCCACCCUGUCAUUUUAUAGUUCUGUAUUUUAUACUUUACCCUUUCACAACAAUAUCCUGGAUGGGCACUUUGCUCUUAUAUAACGUCUUAGAAAGCUCUGUUUUGCUGUAGAAUUUACAAUCACCUCUCGCUGAAAUAAUACAUUCCCUGGUGUGUCAACGGACCUUUUAAGUUGCCUUACCAUUAUGAUUGAGGAGCUACAAAGACUGAGACUGAACUGUGGCAUAUAUCCUAUACUAUACAUAUUAUACAUGCAUUCUCAACUAGAUCAUUUCACUGAUAUACAUGGAUGUGGAGCCCAGAACAUGUUUCUAAGUGAUUGAAGUGUUCAUUCCAGUGAAGCCAGGCUAAUACCACAACACCACAGGCUUGCCACAGGCAUGACCAUUGCUUGCUGAACAUCUCUGGACCAUAUUAAAACACACUGACUGUACGUGUUGCAGAGGGGUUAUGGAACCGGGAAGCACGAAGACACAGCUGACGUCUGGGCUGUCAGGUCCCGAAUUUACUGGACUGUCGACAAUGGCUGCAGCGUUGAGGAAUUUAAAUCAUAGCAGAACAAUAAGCUGUGUGGGAUGUAUUUUCUUUUCUUCAAAUCAAUGCUAGUAUGACUUGUCAAACAGUUAAAAGGAAUGGUCGAUGCAAGCUGUCACAUCAGGUGAAAAGCUGACCUCCGUGUUCAGAAAAACAAGUUUUAAAAUUCAGGGAAAUGCUGAGCGAGGUCGGCCUGAGGGGGGAGGGAAUCUUGGGAUCAAAAACACAACUGAAACUAUCCAGAAUCUCAUUAGUCUUUCGUUUGCACACGCUAAAUGAAACUGAACAAAUAAAUAUUAUUUCUCUCCCUCCCUUUUUAUUUCUAACAGUUAUAACUUUUGUAGCCAGAAUCAAGCUGAUGACUUACUUCAUUUCAUUAAUCGAAAUUCUGAACAACAGUUACUCCAAAAUUUAGAGGUUAUGUUUUGCAGUGGGCACUUGGCAGGCAGAUGGAUCGAUGGAUAUACGAUGCCUUUUUUUCCUCUCAAUCAAAGUGGUGCUCUGGGCAAAGUGAGGAGAGGGGGUCGUUAGUAGAAGACCCGAAAAGUGUUUUGUAAAGAUUGAAAAUACUGACACUGUAAAUGCACUUUAGAUGGUCUAACUGUUUUAUAGGCAAAAAUUGGCUACAUUUUGUUCACAGGUCCAUUAAUGGACAACUUUGUCAGGUAAUGUAAAGAGUUUCAAAGGGGUUAUGCUGGUAUUUUAAUGUAGUAUUGAGUUCCCAAUGCCAAGUUUAAUUCAACUGAGUUCCAGUUACUCACUUCCAGUUUGUUUUGCAACCUAAAUUCUUAAUUACAUAUAUGAAAUGCUUAGCAGAAGUUGCACAUUCUGUAUAUGUAAUUGAUAUUUAAAUAACUUAUUUUUUGCUUUUUUUUUUUUCAUGUCAUCUUGUAAUUAGCUGUAUUAUAUGAAUAGCAAUACCUUCCUGCGUAAUGCAUAUUGCUUUAGCCAGUAAGGAGCGACAGUAUGUAUUGUAAAAUAUGUGUACAAAUAAUUUUAUUUGGUUUUCAUCUACCUAAUGAUUGUCCAUACAGAUUUGCCUGUGUAUUGAAACAACAAAAGCAAUGUCCAUAACUAUUUGUCAUUCUGAAAUAUAAUAAACUGUUUCUUGCAA